ACGAUUUCAGUCAACAUCUUUACUUUUCUUGUCUCUUACGCCAUCUUUUUCUGGGGAUUUAUGGCGAUUUUCAUCUCAACAUGCAAGAUUUCGGCUUUGCAAGUGAUUUCUUAAGUUUGGUGCUAGUUGAUUGUAGUUUUCCAUCAGAAUUGGUGAUUAGGGUUUGGUUCUUUGGCUUGGUGAAGCUAAUUUAAAUGAUGCUUGGAGAUUAAGUCCGCUGCGUUGUUGUUUCUCAAUUGUUGAGCUGAGUUGCAUGUAAUGGAGCAUUCAGUUGGAACCGUCAUUGAUACGGUGGGUAGCGAUGAGAAGGGUGACAAAGAGAAUAACGAUAACAAGACCUGCGAUUCAGAGCCCGUGGUUUACCAACUUGUUCGGGUUGAAGGUGAUGGAAGGCUAGUUCCUGCUACUGAUGAUGAGGUUAUGGAGGUAGAGCAGUUGCUUGAAGGUGAGAAGAGGGAAGUUAAAGCUAUCAGGAAUGAUAAAGGAUGUCUUUCCGGUGAAGUUUUCUCCAAGUCUGACUUGGAAGGAAUCAUUCAAUCUGGGAAUGCUAAUGAUUCGAAAAAGUUGAAUGCUAGGCUUGAGAAUAUAAAGGUGAUGUUGCAAAAAGUUAAACAGGAAGAGCAGCUAUUGUUGUCGGGUGAAUCAUUUAAUCAUUCUCCAAAAUGUACGACCAUAGAGGAUCCAGCAUCUGAGAGAUGUAAGAACUCUAAAGCCUGUAAUAACAAGCUCCAACCUGAGAUUACAUCUAGGGAAAUAAUGCCAAGAUCUCUGGAGCUUAAUAGCAUCCACGAUUUUGAGGUAGGAAGUGCUGAAACAUGCUCAGGUCCCACAAACGAGGCAGUAUCUAGUAAAUCAUCCAUUUCUGAGUCUUGCACUAGUUUAUUCCCUGAAUUUUCUAUUCUAAGAGGAGAGAUUUGCUUGGAUAAUUUUUCAAUCCGGGAGCUUCAGGAGGCUUUUAGAACUACCUUUGGGCGUCAGACUUCUGUUAAAGAUAAAUUGUGGCUGAAGCGACGGAUAGCAAUGGGGUUAACAAAUUCCUGUCAUGUUCCGUCAGCAAGUUUUACUAUCAAAGACAACAAAAUAAUUCUCAGUGAGUCAAAAGAAGGAGAACCUGAAAGAUUGCAACAGUCCAAAAAUGAAGCUGAAUCUUUAUCAAUGAACAUUCAUGUAAUAAAUGCCAGUCCCCAAGAUUUUAAAACCAGCUUGAAUAGCAAUAUGACAGACCAACAAUUGUCUGGUAAAAGACUUGGAUUAUCACCCUCAAAUCAUGAUGUGAAUGACGAAAAUUGUCAAAUGGAGCACUGUGCUGUCAAAAGGAUGCGGAAGCCCACGAAGCGGUAUAUUGAGGAACUCUCGGAGCUUGAGACCAGGGAAUGUACUGCUAAAUCAUAUUCAUGCGUGAAAAUUUCUGAACAUAGUCAUUUCCCUUCAAAACGUCAGAUCAAGCCCGUUCGUGAUGGUAAAACCCAAAGAAGAAUCUUUUCAACCAGGCAUAUAUCUGUGGGAGGAUUCAGUUUUGAGGUACCGUAUGUGCUCAGAACCAGAAGAAGGCAACCUAGGAAGAAUUUCGUGGAUCUUAUGGAAUACAACCCUGCUACCAUCUCUCACAUGGUAAAAACAGCUGUUAUGAUUCCUGCACUGGAAGAAGGCAGCGGUAAUGGAAGCAGAUCUAGGGAAAUCGUAUCUGUUCCAAUGCAGAUAUUACAGCUGAGUGUUGCUGGUGAAGGGGACGUGAAAAUGAAUACAAAAACAUUGAAUUGUGAAGAGGAUUUAGAUCUUCACCAUAAAGGAUUAGAUGCAAAUGGAGAUACAACAUACGGUAAUGCUAAUACACAGCCAGCACCUAAGGGUAGCGCAAGGAGGAAGCAUCAUAGGGCUUGGACUUUAUGUGAGGUUCGGAAGCUAGUCGAUGGAGUAGCUAAGUACGGAGCUGGAAGGUGGUCCGAGAUCAGAAGACUAGCCUUUGCCUCUUAUUCGUAUCGAACCUCUGUUGAUCUUAAGGAUAAAUGGAGGAACCUACUGAGGGCCAGCUUAGCACAAUACCCUACUAAGAAAGAGGCAAAGAACUUCGGCAAACAGACUUCGGUACCAAUACCAACACCCAUUCUAUCUCAGGUAAGGGAAUUGGCAAAAUUGCAGACACAGACUGGAAUCAAACCUAGCCCAAAAAAGUUUGCAGGCCGUGGAGGCAGACCGCUACAAGGAGAAGGAUCUGGUUUUUUGUAACACCCAUGUAAACAAAGCAAUUAUGAGUAUUUUUUAAGCUAAUGAUUUGGUCACUUAUGUAUUGUGAUAUGUACAAUGGUCAUGAUGUGCUUUAUGCAUGCAACUCAGGAGCUUCCACCAUCUGCUUCUAUUUUCAGACUCAGCAACUUGCCAGGAUCAGCUUCUCAACA